GGAACACAGAAAGCCUGAGUCAGGCGGCGGUGGCUAUUAAAGCGCCUGGUCGGGCUGGGCUGCCUCACUGCAAGGAUGAGGCUUCCUGGUUGGUUAUGGCUGAGCUCUGCGAUCCUCGCCGCCUGCCAAGCGGUGGGGGAGCACAACCUGACUGAGGGGAUGGAGGAUGCCAGCGCCCAGGCUGCCUGCCCCGUGAAGCUGGAGGGCAGCGGGAGGUGCGAGGGGAGCCAGUGCCCCUUCCAGCUCACCCUGCCCACGCUGACCCUCCAGCUCCCGCGGCAGCUCGGCAGCAUGGAGGAGGUGCUCAAAGAAGUGCAGACCCUCAAGGAAGCCGUGGACAGUCUGAAGAAAUCCUGCCAGGACUGCAAAUUGCAGGCUGACGACCAUCGAGAUCCUGGCGGGAAUGGAGGGAAUGGAGCAGAGAUGGCCGAGAACAGUAGAGUCCAGGAACUGGAGAGUCAGGUGAACAAGCUGUCCUCAGAACUGAAGAAUGCAAAGGACGAGAUCCAGGGGCUGCAGGGGCGCCUGGAGACGGUCCAUCUAGUAAAUAUGAACAACAUUGAGAACUACGUGGACAACAAAGUGGCAAAUCUAACCUUUGUGGUCAACAGUUUGGAUGGCAAGUGUUCCAAGUGCCCCAGCCAAGAGCCCAUGCAGUCACAGCCAGUUCAACAUCUAAUUUACAAAGAUUGCUCCGACUACUACGUGCUAGGAAGGAGAAGCAGUGGGACCUACAGAGUUACCCCUGAUCACAGAAACAGCAGCUUCGAGGUCUACUGCGACAUGGAGACCAUGGGUGGAGGCUGGACGGUGCUGCAGGCUCGCCUUGAUGGCAGCACCAACUUCACCAGAGAGUGGAAAGACUACAAAGCCGGCUUUGGAAACCUUGAACGAGAAUUUUGGCUGGGCAAUGAUAAAAUUCAUCUUCUGACCAAGAGUAAGGAAAUGAUUUUGAGAAUAGAUCUUGAAGACUUUAAUGGUCUCACACUUUAUGCCUUGUACGAUCAGUUUUAUGUGGCUAAUGAGUUUCUCAAAUACCGAUUACACAUCGGUAACUACAAUGGCACAGCAGGGGAUGCCUUGCGGUUCAGUCGUCACUACAACCAUGACCUGAGGUUUUUCACAACCCCAGACAGAGACAAUGAUCGCUACCCCUCUGGGAACUGUGGGCUCUAUUACAGCUCAGGCUGGUGGUUUGAUGCAUGUCUCUCUGCCAACUUAAAUGGCAAAUAUUAUCACCAGAAAUACAAAGGUGUCCGUAAUGGGAUUUUCUGGGGCACCUGGCCUGGUACAAGCCAGGCACAGCCAGGUGGCUACAGGUCAUCCUUCAAACAGGCCAAGAUGAUGAUUAGACCCAAGAAUUUCAAGCCAUAAAUUGCUAGUGUUCAUCUCUCUGGGCACUCACUAUCUAAGAGGACGAUGAAUUCCUUCAGCCCUUCACCAUUCCUUUCCUAUGGCUAAGCACUUCCUUUAAAGCUUUACAGCUUUUAAAAUAAAGCUGAAAAUAAUCUAAAAAGACUCCUAUGUUGCUGUUAUAUGAGGAAUGCUUGAAAGCACUGGAAAUAUUGACAAUUAUACAUUAUAAUUGCAAAACCUUUCAUUUUUAUUGGUUGAAAAGUUUCCUAAUAUUUUUAUAAUAAAAACUAAAUUAUUCAGCAAGCUAAAUUCUAUAUAUGCAAGUCUUAUUUUCACUAGGGCUAAAUAUAUACAUUUGAGAAUAUACCCAUCUUUCCAAGUACAGUUACUCUGCAGCCAAGAACUAUAGUAUUAUCUUUGAUCUAAGAAGAACUUAAAGCAUUUUAGUUCUCAAGAAGGGCGGGGAUGGGAUUGGGAGGCAGGGAUAAUAUGUAUAGCUAAAUUUAUUCAUCUAAUGCAAAAUAUGGCAUUAAAAUACCUAAAAAUGUGGCAGC